GGAUACCUCAUAUGUCAAGAAAUUCCGACACUUUAUUCGUAUGAUUGAUAAGCAAAAUUCAACAAAUUUAAAUCUUGAAUGGCCGGAUAAAGACGAAGACCGUGUCUCUGUUGGCUAAGAUCGAAGGGUGAAGGGUCUUGUUCGGCUAAAGAGGAAGUGAGGAGGUAAACGGUGAUGGCGUUGGAAUAUUAACGGAGAGAAACGGACCGUAAGGAGAUAAAGCCAAAUGAAGUUGAAAGGUUACAAGUAUCAAAACAUAAUGUACAUGAGAACCAAGAGAGCAAGGGACAUCUUGAAAUCCGUUUCGUCGGCGGAUAUGGAGGUCGAAACAAGUUCCAAAAAUUCGUUUGGGUUUUCUCUUUUCGGCCUGGAAAGCUUUGUGGACAAGUACAAGACGAUGACGCGUCCCCCUCCUGAGCCGCCCCCAUGGAGUUGCUCCAUAAACCCGCCGAAGAUGCUGGUUGAAGGUUGGAGGCCGCUAGUCAGAGGGAUAUUUCGAGUGUGCUGGCUUCGACAUGAGUGUUUUUUACUUUGCUUUGUUUGCUACUUCAAUAAUUGUUGCUUUUGUUAUGGUUUUUGUUUCUUUGUUUAUUUUCCAGUUUGUAAGACGUUAUAUUUGGAUAUAGGGGAUGAGAGCAAUAUAGUAACCGUUUUUGGCUUUUUGUUUCCCAGUUAUG